AUGUGGCUAGUCGUUACCAUACGGACAGUGCAGAUCCUGACCGUGUACUACAGGUCCCCAGAGUCCUGGGAGGACACGUGCAACCUGUACCACCUGAAUGUGACUCUCCUCAGUGCCCUGGAAGAUAAUAAAAAGGGGGAAGAGACCUUCCAGCUCCGGAUGGAGACAAGGUUCCAGGGAAACCGAGAGGCCACAAUGAGCAUCAUGGAGGUCUCCCUGCUCACCGGCUUCUACCCCAACCAGAAUGACCUCAAACAGCUCACGAGCGACGUGGAGAUGUACGCCUUCCAGUACGAGACCAAGACGAGCUCCAGCGACAGCACUGUCGUCCUCUACCUGGAGAAGCUCUCCCACGAGGAAAACACAGUGCUGGGCUUCCGGGUCCACAGGAUGCUACAGGCGGAAUUCCUGCAGGCUGCCCAGGUCACCGUAUACGACUACUACGAACCUGCCCGGAGGUGCAGCUCUUUCUACAACCUGCCCACAGAGCUCUCGUCCAUGCGGAAGAUCUGUCACAAAGAUGUCUGCAGAUGUGCGGAGGAACGGUGCCCAUCUCUGAGGAAGGACGGCGCCCUACUGAGACAGGAAGAGCUCCAGACGGUAGCCUGUGAGGGAGGCGUGGACUUCGUGUACAAGGUCAGGCUGGAGUCCGUGCAGGCCUCCGCCUCCAAUCCCUACAUCUACUACCACAUGAAACUCCAAGCCAUCAUCAAGAGUGGUACGGACUCCGCCCUGGCCCUCACCAUGAAGCAGUUCGUCUCUCAUGCCACGUGCCGUGACUCCCUGGGGCUGCAAGAACAGGAGACAUACCUCAUCAUGGGCCACACGUCGGACCUGUGGAGAGUCAGAUCUCAUUACAUCUAUGUCCUGAGCAAGGAGACAUUCCUCAUGAACUGGCCGGCAGAAGGCAACGUGGGCAAGAAGGAAUUUCUGGACCAGCUGGAAGGAUUUUCAGAAUAUAUGAGCACACAUGGCUGUGAGUCCUGAGACUGUGAGGGGUCUGCUGCCCUCCGGUGGUUGCUUCUAAGCAGGCCCAGGCCACUGGGCUGAGCCCCUGAUAAAGAGCAUGGAGAAUCAUACCCAAACUCCACACAUUUAUCCCUGCUCAGUACUCAUCAGAGACCCCGCACGCCCUGCCCUGAAAUCGCAGGGACCUGCCUCUUCCCCCUCCUACUCCAUUCCAGUUACACGGACC